CUUUAAACGGAGGCUUCCCAUGAACCUUCAAAGAAAUGGAAAGGGGGGCCUAAUACUUCCGACAUAGAAGUCUUGUUCCUGCUUUCUUCUUACUGGAUCUACGCCGGACCCUUGGGAUUCAGCUACUCUGUUGAUAGAGAAGGAGCUGGCCGCCGGCAGUCCCGGAUUGAGACCAGUGACUCCUUUGUAUAAACUCAGGAUGCGAGGCUCACCAGUCUAUUGGGUGUAUGAGAGAUGCUCAACCGCUUCGGGUGUCUUUGUCCUUUGUUCUCGCAGCGGUGAUGACCUAACCGUUUCUGAUGCGGGUAAGUGUCAGUGAAAAUAUACUCUCAAACUCUUCCUCUUCUAUGCUCGCUAUUGGGCUUCUGUAGCAUGUCCGAGCCUUGUUGGGACAUCUGGAUGUGUUGCUUCCGCCCUCGGCUGACAGCAGCUACCAUAUCAAGCAAGUCCGAAGCGAGACAGAAUUGCCUCUUUGGGUCAUACACUUUGGUAAAAUAAAUGUCUUAUAUGGCAACUUUACGACAAUGCGGAUUGGUGAUUGUACUGAAGGCGGAUUGCUCGCUUUCGCUGCCUCCAAACGCUUCCUUAUAAAGACUUGACUGACGAAAAGACAUGUCCACCCAAGUCCGCCGCCCGCCUUAGCAUUCCGCGCCUCGACUUUCGCAACUCCUAAAAUUGCUCCAAUGCCUGCAUCCACUUCUCUUUUCUCCGCCACUACCGGCUCAAAGAAGACCUCGUCCUCCCGCUCGCACACGACCAAAGAGCAACGUGCCACAUACGCUCUGCGCGUCAUCCAAAAACGCAGCUCCGACGCCGCCCCACGCACACCCCUUGCCGUCACAUACGACGCUUCGGUCAACAUUGAUCCCAAAGUCGCCAGCACUUCGAAGCUUAUGCUGCCGGCCAAGUUGAUGCGCCCCACUACCGGGCACUGCGAUAUUGAGGAGAAUCUGGCCAUACACUACCCUGAGCUCAGUGGUGUCCCUCUCGAAUACAUCCAGGACAGCAUUUCCCGCUCUGCUUGCUGUGAAGCUAUCAAAGCAGCUAAAGUGGCCCCCUUCAACUCCAAGGCCCUGCCAAAAGCGCUCACCAUCUCUGUGAAUGACGAAGUCGCCGCCGCCUGCCCAACACACAUGCUGGCCGUCCACGGCGGCAUCCCAUCGUCCCACCGCGCCUCGGCGUUGUCCUCAAAGAAGCUUGCAGAGAAAGCGCCAUCCUGCGCCGUGGGCAUUUACCCCAUCCACCACCUCCUCUUCGCCUCCCACUGCGCGCGCUUCCCGACCGCGAUCCCGCUCUCGCAGCCGCUCGACUCCGUCGACGACCAGGGCGACACGUCCGUCCCAGUGGCCGCCCUGCGCGUGCCCUCGCCGGAGACCUUCAGCCUGCUGCACGGGUACCUCUACACCCGCAGCGCCGCGCGCAUCGCGGUGCUGCUGUCCCCGCCGUGCGGCGCAGACUGGCUGCAGCUUGCACAGCACGCGAAGCAGGUGCACGGGCUGUGGGCCAAUGCGUACUCGCUCGGCGUCGUUGACGAGCAGCUUUACAACGCGCUAGAUCUGGCAUGGGCUCGCACGCUGGGUGCGAUGCGGGCGUGCCAGUAGACCGGUUCCUUUUUGCUCCCGUUGGGCAUCCCUUAUCAUUAUUUCUAUUCUUGCAUUGCAUCGCAUGGUCUCUGAACACCACCAAUACAUUACAAUACAUAUGUGUAUGAUUAUGUACCAAACUUGUAGUCUUUCUGCACAUGAAGUGUUUUGUCUCAACCGGCUCGAACGGAGAUAGUUUCUAAAUCAGAAUCUUCCGACCAGUCCGCGGUUCUCAUCGAGGCAUAUUCUCCGUAAGUAGCAACUAUGAUACACUUGGGAAUCUUUACACUGCGUGGCAUGUAGAGUAGGAUAGGUAGGUGAGGAGGUUAGUAGCGGGUAUACAGUAAGUACAUCGGCCAACACGAAGGGUCCUGGGAAGAUGCGAACGAACGAGCGGCCCGCCAUCAGUAAGCAAUGAAGUGAUACAUUCGUUGACUGAUCACUCGCAGCGUACACAUCAAGUCGGUGGCGUCAAUAUCUUCCGCAGAUCCAUUUCGAUAUCGUCCUCCUCCAGCCCGAUGCGCGUGCCCUCAACUGAGGUUCGCUGGCUCUCAGCUCCUUCGGUCGACGCUGGCACGAGCACGACCUUGGAGUACCCCCCGUUCAGCAGAGCCGGCGGCGCACUCUGCGAAGCUGCUGGGAACCCCGGGGUCGUUGCGGAGUCCGGGAUCCCCCCCUCGGCAUAGGGGGCCGACGAUGCGUGUCGGCCUGACGGCCUGUCGGAGUCCAGAGCCUGAUACGUCCGUACGUUGGGCCGCGGAGGUGCGUGGUCCUCGUCGUCCCCAGUUUCCAUGAAACUCAGCUCAACGCGGCCCACGGUGGUCGGAUGGUCGAGCGCCGAAGACGGGAGCGAGCGGAUGUUGAUCAUCAUGCGAGACACGGCGAUGCACGAGAUGGCAGAUGUGGGCCUAG